ACAGGACCGCAACUGGCCGGCUGAGCCCCGGGCGGGCCGCGAAGCAGGGCCCAGGAUGAUGCUCUCGGUGGCAGGACUCAUUGUCUGCUCCCUCCUGCAAAUCGUCCUGUCCCUGAACCCCGAGGACCCCAACGUGUGCAGCCACUGGGAGAGCUAUGCCGUGACCGUCCAAGAAUCAUACGCACACCCCUUUGAUCAGAUCUACUACACGCGUUGCACAGACAUCCUCAACUGGUUCAAGUGUACCAGACACAGGAUCAGUUAUAAGACGGCGUAUCGGCGUGGGCUGCGGACGAUGUACCGGCGGAGAUCCCAGUGCUGUCCUGGCUAUUAUGAGAACGGAGACUUCUGCAUACCCUUAUGUACGGAGGAGUGUGUGCAUGGCCGCUGCGUUUCCCCGGACACCUGCCACUGUGAGCCCGGCUGGGGAGGUCCUGACUGCUCCAGCGGCUGCGAUAGCGACCACUGGGGCCCGCAUUGCAGCAACCGGUGCCAGUGCCAGAACGGGGCCCUGUGCAACCCCAUCACGGGCGCCUGCGUGUGCGCCGCCGGCUUCCGAGGCUGGCGCUGCGAGGAGCUCUGCGCGCCGGGCACCCACGGCAAGGGCUGCCAGCUGCCGUGCCAGUGCCGCCACGGCGCCGGCUGCGACCCCCGCACUGGCGAGUGCCUCUGCGCGCCCGGCUACACCGGCGUCUACUGCGAGGAGCUCUGCCCGCCUGGGAGCCAUGGGGCUCACUGUGAGCUGCGCUGCCCCUGCCAGAAUGGGGGUACCUGCCACCACAUCACUGGCGAGUGUGCCUGCCCCCCAGGCUGGACGGGAGCAGUGUGUGCCCAGCCCUGCCCACCGGGGACGUUCGGCCAGAACUGCAGCCAGGACUGUCCUUGCCACCACGGAGGACAGUGUGACCACGUGACUGGGCAGUGCCACUGCACAGCCGGAUACAUGGGAGACAGGUGCCAAGAGGAAUGCCCCUUGGGGACCUUCGGCUUCCAGUGUUCCCAGCGCUGUGACUGCCACAACGGAGGUCAGUGUUCCCCCAGCUCCGGCGCCUGCGCGUGUGAACCCGGCUACAAAGGCCCGCGCUGCCAGGAGCGCCUGUGCCCCGAGGGCCUGCACGGCCCAGCCUGCAGCUUGCCCUGCCCCUGCGAUGCCGACAACACCGUUAGCUGCCACCCCGUGACUGGAGCUUGCACCUGCCAGCCGGGGUGGUCUGGCGACCACUGCAAUGAGUCCUGCCCCGUUGGCUACUAUGGUGAUGGCUGCCAGCUGCCUUGCACCUGUCAGAACGGUGCCGACUGCCACAGCAUCACGGGGAGCUGCACUUGUGCCCCGGGCUUCAUGGGGGAGGUCUGUACGGUUCCCUGCGCGGCAGGGACCUACGGCUCCAACUGCUCCUCUGUCUGCAGCUGUAACAAUGGGGGCACCUGCUCCCCAGUCGAUGGCUCCUGCACCUGCAAGGAGGGGUGGCAGGGCCUCGACUGUGCCCUGCCGUGUCCCAGCGGGGCGUGGGGCCUGAACUGCAACGAGAGCUGCUCCUGCGCCAACGGGGCGGCCUGCAGCCCCGCAGACGGCUCCUGCUCCUGCACCCCCGGCUGGCUGGGGCACACCUGUGAACUGCCCUGCCCGGAUGGCACGUUUGGGCUGAACUGCAGUGAACGCUGUGACUGCAGCCAUGCCGACGGCUGUGACCCCAUCACAGGUCACUGCUGCUGCCUGGCGGGAUGGACAGGCAUCCACUGUGACAACACGUGUCCGACUGGACGCUGGGGCCCCAACUGCUCUGUGUCCUGCAACUGCGAGAACGGCGGUUCCUGCUCCCCAGAGGAUGGGAGCUGCGAGUGUGCCCCGGGCUUCCGAGGACCCCUGUGCCAGAGAGUCUGUGCCCCCGGGUUCUAUGGCCAUGGCUGCACCCAGCCGUGUCCCCUCUGCGUGCACAGCAGCGGGCCCUGCCACCACGUCAGCGGCAUCUGCGAGUGCCUCCCCGGAUUCUCUGGAGCCCUUUGCAAUCAAGUGUGUGCUGGAGGGCAUUUUGGGCAGGACUGUGCCCAGCUCUGCUCCUGUGCCAACAAUGGGACCUGCAGCCCCAUCGAUGGCUCCUGCCAAUGCUUCCCUGGAUGGAUCGGCAAAGACUGCUCACAGGCUUGCCCACCUGGGUUCUGGGGCCCCGCCUGCUUCCACACAUGCAGCUGCCACCACGGGGCGAGCUGCAGCGCGGAGGAUGGGGCCUGCCACUGCACCCCUGGCUGGACCGGACUCUUCUGCACGCAGCGCUGCCCAGCAGCGUUUUACGGGAAGGACUGCGGGCGUGUGUGCCAGUGUCAGAACGGCGCCAGCUGCGACCACAUCAGCGGCAAGUGCACGUGCCGCACGGGCUUUACCGGGCAGCACUGUGAGCAGAGGUGUGCCCCAGGAACCUUUGGCUAUGGGUGUCAGCAGCUAUGCGAGUGCAUGAACAAUGCCACCUGUGACCACGUCACCGGCACCUGUUAUUGCAGUUCUGGAUUCAAAGGGAUCCGGUGUGACCAAGCUGCCCUCAUGAUGGAGGAGCUGAAUCCCUACACCAAGAUCAGCCCAGCGCUGGGUGCAGAGCGGCACUCGGUGGGUGCUGUCACGGGCAUCGUCCUCCUGUUGCUCCUCAUCGUGGUGCUGCUGGGACUGUUUGCCUGGCGCCGGCGGCGGCAGAAAGAGAAGGGCCGGGACCUGGCUCCCCGCGUCUCCUACACGCCCGCCAUGAGGAUGACCAGCACUGACUACUCCCUCUCAGAUUUGUCUCAAAGUAGCAGCCAUGCCCAGUGCUUUUCCAAUUCCAGCUACCACGCACUGGCGUGCGGGGGGCCUGCCACCAGCCAGGCCAGCACUCUGGACAGGAGCAGCCCCACCAAGCUCAGUAACAAGUCCCUUGACAGAGACAUGGCAGGCUGGACCCCCUACAGCUAUGUGAACGUGUUAGACUCCCAUUUCCAGAUCAGUGCCCUGGAGGCCAGGUACCCGCCCGAAGACUUCUACAUUGAACUUAGACACCUCAGCCGCCCCGCUGAGCUACACUCGCCAGGUGCUUGUGGAAUGGAUAGACGUCAGAACACAUACGUUAUGGACAAAGGCUUCAAAGAUUACAUGAAAGAAUCCGUGUGCAGUUCUAGCACUUGUUCCUUGAAUAGCAGUGAAAACCCUUAUGCCACAAUUAAGGACCCACCCAUCCUCACCUGCAAGCUUCCAGAAAGCAGCUAUGUAGAAAUGAAGUCGCCUGUGCACAGGGGGUCUCCGUACACAGAUGUGCCAUCCUUGUCGACAUCUAAUAAAAAUAUAUAUGAAGUUGAGCCCACAGUCAGUGUGGUCCAAGAAGGCCGCGGCUGUAACUCCAGCUAUAUCCAGAAUCCAUACGACCUCCCUAGGAACAGCCAUAUUCCUGGUCAUUACGACCUUCUCCCAGUAAGACAGAGCCCUGCCAGAGUGCCAUCCCAGGACAAGCAGUCUGAAGAGGGAUAAGCCUCUCUCUUGCAAUGCGCUCUGCUGAAUAUUCUCUGACUCUCUGAAAGAAGACAAUCUCUUGACUUGAAAUAAUGGUACAGACUGACUACAGCUGCGUAUUAGUUAUAACAUUCACCUGGAACUAAAGAAGAGCUUACAAGGGACUGGGUUAGUUGUUCAAAAGGUCUGUUCUCAAAAUCAAAAUCUACCACCCACCCAU